GGCCGCAACUCGUGACUUGGCCCGAAAGGGUUCCACCCCUGCGGGCUGGGGGGGUGGGGGGGCAAUGGCAGCGCCAUGAGUUCCACACAGGCGCUCCAGCGGACGGCCACCAAAGACCGCCUGCCGCCCAUCAAGCGCGGCCGAGGCAAGCUCCUCACUGCCAAUUUGGAGCAUGUAGAGGAGACGGGCUCGCAGAGGAGCCAGAACUCCGCACGGCAUGAGCUCCCGGAUGGCUUCUCACUGAUCCACUACAUUCAUGCCAAAGUGGCCACGAUGGACGGCAAGAAGGCGAGAUUCGACAUGGAGUUCCUGAAGAAGUCGCUGCAGUGUCUUGACAAGAGGCAGCUGAACGAGAAAGAGGAGGUCUUUGGGUACACCUCGCUCUCCCUGGCCUGCAGCGUGGGCCACGACCAGGUCGUGCACCUGCUGCUGGCGGACGCGGCGGCGAAGUGCAACCUGGGCAACACCGCGCUGCACUUGGCGGCCCGCGGAGGCCAUGCCAGCGUCGUGCAGAAGCUGAUGAUGCACGGAGCUGCCGUGGGCGCCCAAAACAAGGAGGGGUGGACGCCAUUGAUCUGGGCCGCCAUGAACGGCCGCGGGGCCGUGGUGGAUGCACUGCUGGAAAAGGCCCAGGCGACGUCUGUGGACAAUCAGGGCAUGACAGCGCUGAUGUGGGCCACCCGUCACGGGCACGUGGACAUCAUGAAGUCCAUUUUGGCCACAGGGCCCGACCUCAACUUUCAAGACCUAGACGGCCACACCGUGAUGUAUCACGCCAAGCAACACCGCGCAGCUCGCAAGAUGCUGCAGCAGUUCGAGGAGUUGAACCGGCGGCUGCUGACCUCGGCCAAGUCCGGGGAUGUGACGGAAGCCUCUCUUGCGUUGGAGGCGGGCGCCUUUGUGGAUGCCCUGGACUCGGAGGGCGCGAGCCCUCUGCUGCUGGCGGCCUCGCAGCGGCAUUUGCCCAUGGUGAAGCUUUUGGCACGGCACGGGGCGGACCUCAGUUUGGAGGCCUCGCGCGCCGCCUCGCCCUGGCUGCGGAACUAUGAGUUUCGAACCUCCAUCCAGGAGGUGCUGAGAGACGCGGUGAAGUCCAAUCGCCUGCUCACCCACUCGGCGAAAGAGGGGGACUGGGAGGGUGUGAUGCAGGCCAUCAGCCUUGGGGCGUGGCCGGACCUGCCAGAUGAGUCGCAGAAGACGGCGCUGUCGUGGGCUGCCAGCCACGGCAGCGUGGAUGCGGUGCGUGAGCUGCUGCAGGCCCGCGCCUCGAUCAACACUCGCGACACUUGCGGCUGGACAGCCGUGCACUGGGCCGCGCACAACAACUGGGCCCAGGUGGCCUCCGUGCUGAAGUUCCACGGCGCCGACGUGCACGCCAAGGCCUACACAGGCGACACCGCGGUGCACCUGGCGGCCAAGAGUUGGGGCGCUCGGAGUGUUUCGGAGGUGCCGAAGUCGGAGCUUUCCACUUUGACACUAUUUCUCUGGAAAGUGGAGAGGGCGACGGUCCAACAGGCUCAAUCAUUCGCCAACGGUGCCAUGCGCCUGGCGAGCGCCUCAUCGCUCAUCAGUUUGGGCGAAGAUGUGGACGUGGACGUGGAAUAG